GAUGGCACUAUUUUAACGUGUGCUCAUGUUGUGGCUGAUUUUCAGGGCAUGCGCCCUUCUUCUAAGGCGAAGGUUGGUGUGACUUUACAAGACGGUAGAACAUUUGAGGGUACGGUAGUGAGUGCUGAUUUGCAUUCCGAUAUUGCUAUUGUAAAGAUUAAAUCUAAAACUCCACUCCCAGCUGCAAAACUUGGUUCUUCAAGCAAGCUUCGCCCUGGGGACUGGGUACCAUGCUUGGGCUGCCCACUUUCCCUUCAAAAUACUGUCACAGCUGGAAUUGUAAGUGACCUGGGCCUUGGAGGGAUGCACAGGGAAUAUCUACAAACAGAUUGUGCAAUCAAUCCU